UCGACCUUCGUCGACGUACCGAUCAGUACCGAUAUGAAGGUGCUUAGUGUUGUGGACAUGUGAAGAUACGUCGAAUGACGGAAGAAUAUACUUUUAAUACCCGUGACUAGUAUUUUAUCGUCGACAUGGAUCUUCUUAAAGAUCCUGUAUUCAAGACCAAGUAUCAAAAACAGAAGAUUAGGGUUAAGUUAUGGGAGAGCGACUUCAUGGAAAAAUACGGACGAAAGCCGAACAGGAAUGAUAUUAAGGAAGCCGACGGCACGAUCAGGGAGGCGUACAAAACGUACUGGAUGCUCAAAACUCGUGCCUUAGAAGAAACCCUCGUUGACAUUACGUUCUCCGAUGAAGUACAAGCAAACGUCUCCGCAAACGCCAGUGUUUCUCCAGUGGUAGAGAAAAAGGAAACUGCCAAGGAGACGAGUAAGUCUAUGUCCAUCAAUACAGAGAAUAUUGCUCCAAAUGAUUCUUUAUCCACAAUUAUAAUUCCUGACAUGAAAAGCCCUGUGACGGACUCUGUUAAUGUUAACGGAGUUUGGGGUGACCAUUUGAAUAAGGAUAAGGAAAAGGAACCCAAGAGAAAGAAAAACCUGUUAGUUGGUAGAUCGUCGUCUUUUAGGCUGUCUCAAAAAUCAUUUACGUCCGAUUCUUUUAUUAUGCGAAAUCCCAGAAAAUCCGUUUCGAAGAACAGAAUUAAGAGCAAGUCUGACGUAACUGACUCGAUGCAGAGCGCACCUCUUGAACAAACUAAUUCCGAAAGUAUCGAAAAUGAUCCAUUUAUAGGGUCCAUUUUAAAGGAAUCGGAAAAAGUUAUUUCUCUGGAAAAUAAAAGUAAUGUCCAGGCUGUAAGUGCUGUCCAGUGGUUGAUAAAAAGUAGUAGCAAUUUCGUUACUAGAACCAUAAAUCAGGGCUGGUUGGACAGGUGCAUGUCCGAUGGUAAUUUCAAACUGGAUGCUGCCGACUCACCUACUUCAUCCCGAGCUAAUGAUUCUGGAGUCGACUCCAUGGAAUGCAGCGUUUCUUAUUCAAAAGAUACUAAGAGGUUAGAACACUCAGCACAGCUCUCCGACGACGAUUUUGUUUGUAAUAGCGACUCGGAGGAAGAACAUAAAAAUAAACGUAUUAGAAGUUCUAAAGAAAAACAUGGUGACAGUCCUCCAGUCAAGCGUCUUUGCCUAGAAAAUACUUCAAUGACAUUUGGCAGACUUAAUCAAUCAUUAAGUCAGUCAAGUCAGAUAGAGUCAAAAAAACUGACUGGAACUGAUCCUGAAGUAGUAAAUAUAUUGAAUCCUGUACCCAGUGAUAUACCUGACAAUGGAAAUAAAAGUAUAAUUCCUAAAAUUGAAGGACAGACCGCUAGUUCCAAAGGGACAAACUUCCCAGAUAAUAAUAAAGAGAUCAGUGAAUCACCGACAAAGCCAGUGGCGAAGCGAGAGACAAAAGCUGCUCAAAGAAGAAGAAAAGCAACGAUUUCAUCCGACGACUCUGAUUUCUGUAGCGACGAGGCUGUAAAUAUUCAAGAAACCAAAUCAAAGCGAGGCAAAAGAGUUUCAAGUGGGGCAAAGAAAAGCUCUGGUAACGAGUCAAAAUCGGGUGCAAGGAGAAAAUCUACUCGCAUUUCUCGCAAGAUAAAGCCCACCGAAGAGGAUGACCACAUAGAGGCACCGCUAACCGAAGAGACGAUACCACCAGAAGUGACCGAACCAAUAGAAAUUCCUGAUGCAGUGCCUAGAUUCGCAAUGCCUUCCUCAAGUACAGGUGAUCUCGUUACCGAUUUUUCAUUGAUGGUGUCAAAGAAGGAUUCUAGAUCCACGAAGCUUUCCACAGAAAAAGUCAAGGGCAGUUCAACGCAGAGAGAGAAGCUGGAGAAAAAGAUGGCAGCGGGCAAGUUGAACGAGAACUUUGUGCGGAUCAAUUUAAAGAAAAAGGUGUACGUGCGAGGGAAGAAGUCGUUCAAUUUCAAGAAGUACAAGCAGAAUCAGUGGAAGCAACGGAAAAAGGAACUGGGAUCCGGAGAGGGCAGCUUGGAUCUUGCCGAUUUUGCCGAAAAGUGCGGGACUCUUGAGUGCUUCAAGUGCGGAGGGGUCGGUCACUUCUCGAGGCAGUGCAAGGGCUUGAAAGGUGACGACCUCCUGCCUUUGGACCAGGUCAACGAGGACGACGAUGACGAGUUGUUUGCGAGUCUCACGCUGGAAGAUGCCGAGAAGAUAGCCGUGAGAUCCCAACUUCCAGAGCCGAUAGAGUUCCUAGGAAACGCCCUUCCCACGGCAGACAUGGACGGUGCAGGUGACAACCCUGACUCUUCAGGAAAAGACGUUCCUCAGAAGCAUUUGGUAAGUUACACGGUGCCCCAGGAGUUGGUGGCCAAGCUGUUGCCUCCGCUAACCCAAGAAAUUCGGCCACUCUAUCCCGUUGGUCCUGACAAUUCUAUCAUAGAGACCCCUGAAGAGGUGUUCAACGCCCUGAGAAUGUUCGGCCACGAGGCGUUCCGACCCGGCCAGGAGACGGCGGUCAUGCGGAUCCUGUCCGGACUGUCCACUUUGGUCACCCUGUCGACGGGUUCAGGGAAGUCGCUGUGUUAUCAACUUCCUGCCUAUCUCUACGCGAAGCACAACAAGUGCCUGACCCUCGUCGUCUCCCCGCUGGUGUCCUUGAUGGACGACCAAGUGACCGGCGUUCCCGGUUUCCUCUCGGCGGCGUGUCUACACGCUAACCAGACCCCAAAGCAGCGAGAGAAGGUCAUACAGAUGGUCAAAGAAGGCACCCUGCACGUCCUUCUGGUAUCCCCGGAAGCCGUAGUCUCCGGCGAAAAAUCCACCGGGUUCGGGGCGAUCCUUAGACAGUUGCCACCCAUCGCGUUCGCUUGCAUAGACGAGGCUCACUGCAUAUCGCAAUGGUCCCACAACUUCAGGCCCUCCUAUCUCAUGAUCUGUCGCAUCCUGAAGGAGAGGCUACGCGUCGGUACCAUCCUGGGUCUCACCGCGACCGCCACCAGGACCACCGCCGAGAGCAUCGUGAAUCACCUGAACAUCCACGACGGCCUUGCCGGGAUCAUCUCCGACGUCCCGAUACCCUCGAAUUUAUUACUCACGAUCUCUGCGGACGAGAACAGAGACCGCGCCCUGGUGACUCUCCUGCAGAGCGACAGGUUCAAGGAAUGCAACUCCGUAAUCGUUUACUGCACUCGGAGGGAAGAGUGCGUGAGGAUCGCGGGUCUUCUGCGGGCUUUCCUGCAAGGUACGAGUCAAGGCAAGAAGACCUCUUCAAGGAUUUCUAACGUGGCGGAGGCUUACCAUGCCGGACUCUCCGCGUACCAGAGGAAGGCGGUACAGAAUGCCUUCAUGGCUGGGAAUAUUAAAAUAGUCGUAGCUACGGUGGCGUUCGGCAUGGGUGUGAAUAAAGCGGACAUCAGGGCUGUCAUCCACUACAACAUGCCCAGCAGCUUCGAGAGCUACAUCCAGGAAGUGGGAAGAGCCGGGAGGGAUGGUCUGCCUGCGCACUGUCACCUCUUCUCCAAUCCCAGGGAGGAAGGCGACAUGUGGGAGCUACGGCGACAUAUCUACGCGAACGGAGUGGACAGACACGUGCUCAGACAGCUGAUCCAGAAGAUCUUCGUGAAGUGUGGAUGCACGGAAGCUGGGAGGUGCAAGAACGGACAGAGAUGCCCUGGCCAUGAAGUGGCCAUCCCCGUAGACGAGACCGUCAACGCUCUGGACACCUCCGAGGAGAUCAUCUCGACUCUCCUCUGUUAUCUGGAGUUACAUCCUAAGAGGUUCAUCAAGGUCCUGUCAUCCGCGUACGUGACCGCGAGAGUGACCAGCUACAAUGGGCCAGGGUUUCUGAAGAUCGCAGCCAAGUCUUCACCGCCUCUGGCCAUGGCCUUUGCCCUGGCCUCGAAGAAGGGCAUCGAUCACGAUACCAGCACCGUCAUUGAAUUUCCAGUGGUCGAGGUGGCUUCCACCAUCGGAUGGGACAGCGGCUUCGUGAAGAGUCACCUGAAGAACCUGGAAUGGAUAACCGUGAACGGCAAGUCGAAACGCUCGCCGAUCUCGGUGCGCUACGACACUCUCGGGUGGAGAUUGAAGGUACCUGGGGAUUACACCGACGCCGAGCUGGACGAGGCCCUGGACGCGUUGGUCACCCGGACACAGACUCAGGAGGCCUCGCGAAUCGCACAGCUCAAGACUAUCUGCACAACCUUGAGCGAAUUCAGCUUGCCUGCCAUUCGGCACUGCCUCGAAGUCAAGGAAGACCUCGUCGACAAGUCCGAGAAACUGAAGCAUCGCAUUCGGGAUUACUUCCAGACGGAAGCCCCUUCGACCGCGGUUACCGAAGUCGGGAAAUUGGAGGAGCUGCCGAACGAGUCGCAGGUAGUUAGCGACAUCCGCAACCUGGUCACUAGCUACAGGGACACCAAAUUCACCGGGAGGGUCGUGGCGAGGAUCUUCUACGGGAUCCAGAGCCCCAACUAUCCGGCCCUCGUCUGGUGUCGCUGCAGAUUCUGGAGAGCUCAUUUGUCGACGGAUUUCAACGUGCUACGUCGUAUCGCGAACCGGGAGAUCCUCUCCAUGCUCUAGAACCUCUCUUCGAGGCCGUCGAUAUCGGAAUUAUGGAUUAUUUCUAUGAAGUCGGGCGUCCCGUAAAAUCGUCUCAUUUUAACUGACCUUGCGGUCUCAUACAUUUCCGUUUUUCUUUUUUCUUUUUUAACCGACUCAACCUAUGUACCAGCGUAUCCAGAAGAUCUGGAUCGCGUUUACCAGGGAAAUAAUAUAAAUGCUUCACAAGACUGA